AUGACAACAGAGCCAUCGGACGUCUUGCCUCUGCAUCUCUUCAUCGAGAGAGCACGGAACAGCAGUCGUCAUGGCAGCCGGCUCACGAGGGACAUCCAGCUCAGCCAGAUGGAGGGCAGCCACGUGCCCGACAAUAUCGAGCUGGGAUCAAACCUAAUGCCGCCUCCGAGGGACAACAGGGACAACGAGGCAGCGAGCACCUUUGAUGUCAUCUCCUCAUUCAGCAGGAGCAGGGCCGACACGGACGCUGAUGCUGGUCAUAUGGCUACCCUGACGCCAAGCUGCUUUAGCCUGGUCCUGAUGUGUGCGGUUCAUCACGUGAACAUGUGGGUGCCGCUGCUGUUGGUGAUUCCGGUCUCCAUCGCACAGACUAGUGUGCUCUACAUCAUCACUUUCAAAUCACCGGAGUAUCUGUUUGGGUCAGGGCGAUGGCUGCUGCCGGUCUCAGCAUCCAAGUCACUGAAUGCUAUGAAGGCCUUUGCCUCCAUCUUGAUGCUGGGUCAGAUUGCCGAGGAGUUCUAUGAAAUCGGUGAAUCUGCAAGUGUUCUUCGCCGGAGUCGGCUGGCCAAGAAUUGGCGAUGGUACACGUGCUGGCUGGUGGUUGGGAUGCAGUACGUUCUUGCUUUGAUGGUGCUGGUGGCAUCUGACCACCUGAUCCUGAGCAGGGAGAGGCCAAUCGAGCCCUUGUGGAUCACCUACUACGUCUUCAUGACACUCAACUUCGACAACAUGCUGGUUCGCUUCAUCAGCUACGUGCGUACGAUGGAGCGAGCGCCAACUUGGAAGGUUGACGUGUACGAGCCCACGUCCCCGACCUCGGCGGAUCACGUGCGAAGGUCUGACCACAUCCAGCGCUUAUUUCUGGUCUGGAUACCAGUUACAUUCGCCAUUUUGCUGAACGCCAGUUCCAGGGUGUUCAACAUUUUGCCGAUUACUCUUUUGCGGUACGGCUUGGUGACGAACGAUCGUCCCGUUGUGAUGAUGACGCCCGGCGUUGGGCUCCCUCACGGCUGCUGUCCUGCAGAAGCUGUCUGGAAUGGUACCUCCAGUGAUGAAUCGAUCAAAUUCAGCAUUCCAUGUCUGUCCAGGGAUGCACCGGAAGAUCUCGUCGCCGCACCAGUCGUGUAUUGGGUGGCCUGGCCUCGACGAAGGGGUAUUCCCACCAGUCUGCAGGUUCGAGAAGGUCGUGGAGCAGACGGAUCGCGAGGGAUAGUGUCAGGGCAAGCAACUACGACUCCCCUGCAGCUCGGGUUUUGGCUUCAGCGUCAUGGCUAUGGGGUGAGUCAGGCAGCGGACAUCUUCAACGCACUAACGGACACCAACAAGAGGAUUGGGAUGUAUCACUUUGCAUUCCCCUAUGUAGCCGAGUUCUCCGUGCAGAGCUGGCCAUGGAAGGAGAAUGCGGCGAUUUAUGCAGUUGCCGUGAAUAUGGUCACAGGCGCUUUGAGCCCAGAGCCCGUGUCCUCUGACGUGCUCCUUCGCUUUGACGGGAAGUGUGGUCCACAUUGCACGCGCUGCAGUCACCAGGGCAUCUGUCGGGAAUGCAAGGCCGGCUACAGACCCGAGGGUACAACAUGUGUCCCAUGUGGACCAGGCUGCCAGAAAUGUGACGCAGAUGCUGUUUCUGCCGAGUGCAGUGAAUGCCAGGCCGGCUUCGGCCUGUCGAGCGACGGACUGGGCCUUUGCCUGCCCUGCGCCGCGAGCGACUGUAAAGACUGCAACGAAGACGCGGAAGACGCGGACUCCCGUCCUGCUCAUGAGGCCACCACUCGAGAACUGCCGUGUCACGACUGCGUGGAGGGAUAUGGCUUGGCCACUGAUGGAUCGUGUUUUCCGUGCCAGCAGAAGAACUGCAGGCGCUGUGAUGAAGACCGAUGCACAGUAUGUGAGAGUGGCUUCGCACUUGUGGAGGAUGGCAAUGCCACGAGAUGCGACGCAUGCGGCGAAGCAUGCCUUUGGUGUGAGAAGCCUGGAAUUUGCGAUGAGUGCCGGGACGGCUAUGCAGAGCAAGCAGACGGACACUGCAAGCCAUGCGGCGACUUCUGCAUACGAUGCCAGAACCGCCAGGGAGAUGGCUGCGACACCGGCGGCUGUCAAUCUGGGUACGGACUUCAGGGCUGGCAAAACGCACUCUGGAAACCUCGCUCGAUUUGCAAGCCGUGCCGGGUGCAGCACUGCAGCGUGUGUGACAACUCCGAGUAUUCCUGUGAUAGCUGCCAGGAGGAUUUUGGCAUCACGCCAUCUGGAAACUGUGCUGUCUGCGGGCCUGGCUGCCUUGAGUGCACGGUGUCGACAGCCUGCGAGAAAUGCGUUGCUGGCUCCGUCCUGGUGAAUGGUGCGUGUCAUGCUUGUGCGGACAAGUGUGUGAGCUGCACUGCCACGGGACCUGGAUCUUGCGACAAGCACAGCUGUGCGAAGGCUUGGACAGCAAUCUUGCUGCCAAAGCGGACAUUGCACUCGACAGAGGAGUCCUGGGUUUGUCGGCCUUGCUCAGAUCCGGAUUGUGAAAAAUGCGAUGUGGCGGGCCCUGGUGGCUGCGACGACAAGGAGAUUUACGGCCCAUGGCUGCCACCGCAGCAGACUUGA